AUGGCUCUCUACAGCGCAACGCACCACCAGGACAAGGACACCCGUCGUGUCGCGGCGCUCGAAGCUCAACUCCGCAUCUCGCACCCGUUCCGCCGCCCCACCACCACCAAGUCGCAACGCGCAGAUCGCGUCGGAUUUGGCACGCGACCACAAGAUGGAAAUCGAACGUCUGCAAGCCGCGCACCAAGCUGCUUUGGCGGCCGUGACCGAGAAGCUGCUGCCCACGACCACGUGCUGGAGCUUGCGCACCGCGUCCUUCGGCGCGACGACACGAUUUCGGCGCUCCGUGAAAAGUUCGAGCACCGCGUUGCGCGCAAGAAGGCCGAAGUGCAGCACAUCGCAAUGCACUUGGUCGACGCCAACGCCACCAUUGCCAAGAACAAGACUACGAUUUUGCUGCUCCAUACGGCGGUCAAGAGCCUCAAGA